AAGAGUAUGUCUUCAAACCACCUCAACGGCCAGACUUUGGCACAAUGGGUAGGACAAUCAAGCUUCAGGCCAACUUCUUUGAAAUGGAAAUACCCAAGUUGGAGGUGUACCAUUACGACAUAGAUAUAAAGCCUGAGAAAUGCCCACGGAGAGUUAACCGUGAAAUUUUGAGCACAUGGUCCAGCACUUUAAGACGCAGAUCUUUGGAGAUCGAAAGCCUGUGUAUGAUGGAAGGAAGAAUCUCUACACUGCCAUGCCUUUACCCAUUGGAAGAGAGAAAGUGGAGCUGGAGGUCACAAUUCCAGGCGAGGGAAAAGACAGAAGUUUUAAAGUAGCUAUCAAAUGGGUGUCCUGUGUGAGUCUGCAAGCUCUACAUGAAGCACUGACUGGACGGCUACCAAACAUCCCUUUUGAGACCAUUCAGGCUCUGGACGUUGUCAUGAGACAUUUGCCCUCUAUGAGGUACACCCCAGUCGGACGUUCAUUCUUCACUCCCUCUGAGGGCUGCUCCAACCCCCUCGGUGGAGGAAGAGAAGUUUGGUUUGGCUUCCAUCAGUCUGUUCGACCAUCCCUUUGGAAGAUGAUGCUCAACAUUGAUGUGUCUGCCACUGCAUUCUACAAAGCUCAACCUGUGAUUGAGUUCAUGUGUGAGGUUUUGGAUUUUAAAAGCAUCGAAGAGCAACAGAAGCCCUUAACAGAUUCCCAGAGAGUGAAGUUUACCAAGGAAAUCAAAGGACUGAAGGUUGAAAUCACUCACUGUGGACAGAUGAAGAGAAAAUACAGGGUGUGUAAUGUGACUAGGAGACCAGCCAGCCAUCAAACGUUUCCCUUGCAGCAAGAGAAUGGCCAGACCAUUGAAUGCACUGUCGCCCAGUACUUCAAGGAUAAGUACAAACUGGUGCUGCGAUAUCCACAUCUCCCAUGUUUACAAGUUGGUCAGGAGCAAAAACACACCUACCUUCCGUUGGAGGUUGGUCAAGACCACAUCUUACGCUUACUUUUUUCCACCCAUCUCUCUCAUUUAUUUCUCUGAAUGUUAUUAACCUUUCAGAUGAGAAGUGCCAACUUCAACACUGAUCCUUAUGUGCGUGAGUUUGGAGUUAUGGUAAGAGACGAGAUGACUGAGGUCAAUGGUCGGGUCCUUCAGGCACCUUCAAUUCUCUAUGGUGGAAGGAACAAAGCAAUAGCAACCCCAGUCCAGGGUGUGUGGGACAUGAGGAACAAGCAGUUCCACACAGGGAUUGAGAUCAAAGUGUGGGCUAUUGCCUGCUUUGCCCCGCAGAGGCAGUGUACAGAACUACUUCUGAAGGCAUUUACUGACCAGCUCCGUAAGAUAUCGCGCGAUGCUGGGAUGCCCAUUCAGGGCCAGCCGUGCUUUUGCAAAUAUGCCCAGGGAGCAGAUAGUGUGGAGCCCAUGUUCAAACACCUCAAGUACACAUACCAAGGCUUACAGUUGGUGGUGGUCAUUUUACCUGGGAAGACUCCAGUUUAUGCUGAGGUGAAGCGUGUUGGAGACACUGUUCUUGGCAUGCCCACGCAGUGUGUCCAGGUGAAGAAUGUACAGAAAACCACACCUCAGACCCUUUCCAACCUCUGCCUCAAGAUUAAUGUCAAACUGGGUGGAGUCAACAACAUUCUUCUUCCACAGGGCAGGCCCUUGGUGUUUCAGCAACCAGUCAUCUUUCUGGGUGCAGAUGUGACUCAUCCACCAGCUGGAGAUGGCAAGAAACCCUCAAUUGCUGCUGUUGUUGGCAGUAUGGAUGCCCACCCAAGCCGAUACUGUGCCACGGUGCGGGUGCAGCAGCACCGUCAGGACAUCAUUCAGGAUCUAGCCACCAUGGUGAGAGAGCUGCUGAUCCAAUUCUACAAAUCCACACGCUUUAAACCAACACGCAUCAUCUACUACAGAGACGGCAUCUCAGAGGGCCAGUUCAACCAGGUUCUACAGCAUGAACUGCUGGCUAUUCGUGAAGCCUGCAUUAAGCUGGAGAAAGAUUAUCAACCAGGCAUCACCUUUGUAGUAGUGCAGAAGAGACAUCACACCAGGCUCUUCUGCAUGGACAGGAAUGAGCGGGUUGGAAAGAGCGGCAACAUCCCUGCUGGCACCACAGUUGACACCAAAAUUACUCAUCCUUCUGAGUUUGACUUUUAUCUUUGCAGUCAUGCCGGAAUUCAGGGAACCAGCAGGCCGUCCCACUAUCACGUGCUGUGGGACGACAACCAUUUCACCUCUGAUGAGCUGCAGGUCCUCACCUACCAGCUGUGCCACACCUAUGUGCGCUGCACCCGCUCUGUCUCCAUUCCUGCACCAGCCUACUACGCCCACCUGGUGGCGUUUCGUGCUCGCUACCACUUGGUUGACAAAGAACAUGACAGUGCUGAAGGCAGUCACACGUCAGGUCAGAGUAACGGCAGAGACCAGCAAGCCCUGGCCAAAGCUGUGCAGAUCCACCAGGACAAAUAA